AUGAAUCAACCACUGCUAUCGCAACAAGAAUUAGUCUCAGGCUUUCUGCCUGCAAAUUUCUUAUCAUUGACUAAAUUCAGCAAUAAUUUUUCAAUUGAAUCUCAUCAAGAGUUUACAACCAACAAUUUAACAAUUCCAUAUCCUUUAUAUCCACCUACAAAGAAUGCUUUAAAUCCAGAAUUUGUUCAAUUGGUAGGAUUGGGAAUUAAUUUGGUAUUUGCUUUAUUUAUUGGAUAUCAAAUAUUUCAAUUUUAUAUUACUCCAAAGAAACAUGUCAUAUUCACAGCUACACCUUUCUUACAGACUUUAAAAACCUUCUUGGUUGGAUUACAAGUUAUUUUAGUAGCUGGACUUUGGAAGAUUUGUGAUAAUGUUUAUUUCCUCAAGAUAGGUAUUGUGAUUGUUUUGGCACUAGUUUUACAUUGUAUGGAAUUUAGACGUUCUGCCGUUCCACUGGCUUCAUUAUUGUUAUAUUGGUUAGUUAGUAUUUUAUUUGGAUUUGGUAUUCUUCUUCAGGAUACUUUCUCCAAACAUAAAAUAUUUGUAUCGGAUAACAGUUUGUCAUAUGUGGUUGAAUUAUUAUCAAUGAUGAAUAAUUUUAUAAUCUUUGUACUUGAAUUGGCGUAUUAUGUACCUGGUUUUGAAACUGAUAAUGAAAAGUUUAUGGAUACUGUGAAUUUAUUUUCAUAUCUUACAUUCUAUUAUCUCCAACCAUUGAUUGACAAAAUCUAUGCCACUAAUGAUGUUUCCAUUACUGAUUUACCUGAUAUUUUAGAUGAUCUUUCCUGUGAUGAUACUUCCCAAAUUCUCGUAAAAGAAUGGGAUGUUGAAAAGAAGAAUGCAAAGAAUAAGAGUUGGACUUUAGCGAUUUGGGGCUUUAUCACCAGAAAGAAAUAUGGAAACAAACCAAGUUUACUUAAGGUUGUCUUGUCUUCAUUUUCGAAAUAUCUUUAUGCAAGUCUUUCACUCGAGAUUUUGGAAAGUGUCAUCACUUUUUCACAACCAUUUGUACUUAGAAAAUUCAUCCAAUUCUUUUCAGCAUACUACUACGCCACCCCCGAAUCACCAGCACCACCUAUUAUCAUCGGAUACUCUUGGGCAUUACUCAUGUUUGCACUUGCCUGUGCAUACUUCAUCACCUUCAAUCAAUCUUUCAGUUGUCAAUUCAACUUGAGUUAUGCCAUUUCCAGUUCGCUCACUACUGUUAUCUACGAGAAAGCACUCAGACUUUCACCACAAGCUAGAAAGAAUAAACCUACCGGUGAUAUCAUAAACCACAUCACCAUGGAUCUUGAUGUUAUAUUCUGGUUUUGUUGGCUGUUGGGAAACUACUUAUCGGGUCCACUUAGGUUAAUUGUGUGUUUGUUUGCGUUGAACAGUUUCUUUGGAAAAGCAACCUGGGCAGGUGUCCUUACAGCCGUAAUCGUCAUCCCAUUUGCUACUUAUGUUAAUUCAUCAAUGUAUAAAUAUUAUAACCAAUUAAUGAAGGAUAAAGAUACCAGAACCAGUUUGAUCACUGAACUUCUUAAUUCAGCCAAGAAUGUUAAAUUAUAUUCAUGGGAAGGUCCAAUGUUGUCCAGGUUAAGUAAGAUUAGAAAUGAAGGUGAAUUGAAAAAUCUUAAACAAGUUGGGGUUGUUAGUGCAUUAGCCCUGUUUUUUUGGUCUUGUAUUCCAUUCUUUAUUAGUUGUUCAACAUUUGCAGCAUUUGCCUAUUGGAAUAAUGUUGCCUUGACUCCAGAUAUCAUGUUUCCUGCAUUGUCUUUAUUUGAUUUAUUGUCGGAACCUAUGUUGUUGAUUCCUGAUUUCAUUGUGAAUGCUAUUGAAACAUAUACUUCCUUAAGAAGAAUUGGUGAAAUGUUGAUGUUGGAUGAAUUGGAUGAAGACCAAAAUGGAUAUAUCAUGAGAUAUCCCGAACCUGCUGAACCUGAAGAAUCUGCGAGCUCAGUCGUCAUUUCAAAUUCUACCUUCGUAUGGAACUCCAAAGAACCCACUACCACAGUCGAAACACCAUAUCGUGACGAAGAAACCGAAAUAGAAGCAUCCACUGAUCCAAAAUCAAACAUCGCAUUAUCAAAUAUCAAUUUCGUAGCCGAAACCGGGAAAUUAACCUGCAUAGUUGGGAAAGUCGGCAGUGGUAAAUCCACCCUCAUCAAAGCCAUUCUCGGCGACAUCCCCCUCCAACCACACCAGUAUUCCGAUUCAGAUUUCUCAACAACUUCACCAAAAAUAAAAACCUACGGAUCAAUAGCAUACUACGGUGACGCUACUAUUGUCGGUGAGAAGGGGAUUGCCUUAAGUGGGGGUCAAAAGGCCAGAAUCUCGCUCGCGAGGGCUGUAUAUGCUCGUACUGAUAUCUAUUUAUUAGAUGAUGUAUUGGCGGCUGUUGAUGUACAUGUGGGUAAGAAAUUAGUGGAGAAGGUGAUUGGAAAAAAGGGGAUAAUUGGAGAUCGAACUAUUGUAUUGGCUACUAAUUCAGUCACGGUUUUGACUGAGGCGGAGGAGAUUUAUUUGAUGAGUGGUGGAAGAAUUGAGGAAAGGGGGAAAUAUGUGGAUGUGAUGGAAAGUGGUGGUGCUUUGGCGGAGUUGAUUAAGGAAUAUGGAAAGAGAGAAGCUGAAGAAGAAGAGAAAGUCAAGGUUGAGGAAGAGGGUGAUGCCGAGAUUGUUGAAUCUGCUGUAGUGGAAGAUGCAGAAGAUGGAGAAGAAGAGGAGAUUGGUGAAUAUUUGGGAGAAGGUGCUGAGCAAAAGGAUUUGGAUAGGAAACUCCGUCGUGCUAGUGUGGCAUCAUAUGCUCAUACUUAUGAUGAUCUUGACGAUGAUGAUACUCCUAGAAAAACUGCUCAUGAUAUUGAAACUACCAGAAAGGGGUCCGUUCCUUGGGAAGUCUUUAAACAAUAUAUCGUUGCUUGUGAUUAUAAGUUCUUUUCAAUUUAUUUGGGAUGCACAUUAGCCACAUUAUUAGUUUCAGUUGGUGAAAAGUAUUUAUUAACAUAUUGGUCCAGGUUGAAUCAAGAACAUAACUCUACUGUUGAUGCUGGUCUCUUUUUGGGUAUCUAUUCUUCAUUGGGUGUCGUUUCUGGAUUCUUAACAUAUCUUGGUGCUCUUAUCAUGUGGAGUUAUUGUAUUGUUAAAGGUGCCGCAUAUUUCCAUGACAAGAUGGCCAAAGCUGUAUUCAGAUCUCCAAUGUCAUUUUUUGAUACCACCCCAGUCGGAAGAAUUUUGAAUCGUUUCACAGAGGACAUAGGUAAGAUUGAUAUGAAUUUCCCAUGGGUUCUUAUUGGAUUCACAACUACGCUUUUGAGUGGUAUUAUCACAUUUGGGGUUAUUGUCUCUACUUUACCAAUUAUGUUCUUUGUCAUUUCGGUGUUAAUGUUUAUCUACAACCAUUUCAGAAUCAAGUUUAUCCCAACUACUCGUGAACUCAAACGUAUUGAAUCAGUAGCCAAAUCACCAGUAUUAGCCACUAUUCAAGAAACGAUCAAUGGUGUAGAUACUAUCAAGGCAUUCAAACAACGUGAUAGAUUCGUCCACAAAAGUAAGAAAUUCAUCAAUGAUAAGACAUUAAUCGGUCUCGUUAUCCAAAAUGGUAACAGAUGGCUUUCAGUCAGACUCCAAACCAUUUCCUCGUCCAUCAUGUUCAUGUGCGCAACAUUAGCAGUUGUCAGUUUGACUGGUGCCAAUCCUAUUAGUCCAAGUGUUUUGGGUUUCAUCAUGACUUAUGCAUUAUCAAUUACCCAUAUUUUGAAUGCCCUUGUUAGAUAUUGGGCGGAAAUCCAAUCCGGAGGAGUUGCAGUGGAAAGACUUAUCGAAUAUUGUGAAUUGCCAUCUGAAGCAGAAAUGAUUAUUGAAGAUAAUAGACCAGAUAAAGAUUGGCCAAAUCAGGGUGUGAUUAAGUUUAAGAAUUAUAGUACUUCCUAUAGAGCCCAUUUGGAUCCUGUAUUGAAGAAUAUUGAAUUGACGAUUACUUCGAAAGAAAAGGUUGGGAUUGUGGGUAGGACCGGUGCUGGGAAAUCUUCACUUACUUUAGCUUUAUUUAGAAUAAUUGAAGCUACUGAAGGACAUAUUGAAAUUGAUGGGAUUGAUACUUCCAAGAUCGGACUUUAUGAUUUACGUCAUCAUUUGACUAUUAUCCCACAAGAAGCACAUACCUUCAGAGCAUCUGUAAGGGAGAAUUUAGAUCCAUUUGGAGAAUAUACCGAUGAGAAAUUAUGGAAAGCUUUGGAAUUGGCUCAUUUGAAAGAACAUGUACUUAAGAUGGAAACCGACCCUACGGAAGCUGAAAAGAAGAAGAGCAAGAAUCCUGGUGAAUUACCCAAAAAGGUUGGAUUAGAUGCUCAGAUUGAAGAAGGUGGAUCUAAUUUAUCUGCAGGUCAAAAGCAAUUAUUAUGUCUUGCUAGAGCGUUGUUGAAUGAGACAAGCAAGAUUUUGGUGUUGGAUGAAGCAACUGCUGCUGUUGAUUUCCAGACAGAUAAGAUUAUUCAAGAGACGAUUAGAUCAUCAUUUAAAGAUAAGACGAUUUUAACGAUUGCACAUAGAAUUGAUACAAUUUUAGACAGUGAUAAGAUUUUGGUGUUAGAUCAUGGUGAGGUUGCGGAGUUUGAUACACCAGAGAAUUUAUUAAAGAAUACGGAAAGUAUCUUUUAUUCACUUGCAAAGGAAGGUGGAUUUAUUAACUAG